AAGUCUGCCAGAUGCCUGCAUGGAACGCAACAAAUAAACACCAGAAAGUCAUCAGUGCAUUGCUCUGUCAUCAUCCCACUGUACACGGAUCUGCUUCCUGCUGCUGGUUUUCUAAGCUGAAAUGGAGGAGCCCCACGAAUCCCUGGAAGACGCUUUGCUGUUCACCCUGGACGACCUUUCCGGGGAAGAUUUCAAGAGGUUCAAGCAUAAACUCUGCUACUUCUACCUGGAUGGGAAGGACCCCAUCCCCUGGGGCAGGCUAAAGGAUGCCGACACGCUGGACAUGCUGAGGCUCCUCUUGGCAGCCUACGGAGAGCAGGGCGCGCCAGACGCAACUGUCAAGGUCCUCCUCGCCAUCAAUAUGCGAGAUUCCGCCUCCCGACUUCAGAAAUGGAGCUAUAAUGAUCGCAAGAGGAAAUAUAAGAGGCACAUCCAAGAGGCAUUUCGAAAUAUUCCUCAACUGGGCUUGCACCCCAGUCCAAGGGUGACUCUCCAACAGAGCUAUAUAGAACUUCUUCUGAAGAAGAGACAGGACCCUCCCAAAAGAGGUCAUGAGAUUAUGGCUGUGGAAAGAAAGCACUGGAAAACAAAGACUGAUCCGGAAGGCAGCCUGAACAUUGAUCUGGAGAAUUUAUUUCAAUCAGAUACUGGAGGGGAAAGCUCCAAAACUGUUUUGUUGUUUGGACCUGCUGGCGUAGGAAAAACCACAGUCAUGUGGAAAUUAAUGUUGGACUGGGCAUCUGACAAACUAUGGCACACAAAGUUUGAUUAUGCCUUUUAUAUCUCUUGCGGUGCAGUCAGCUGUGGCAUCAGGUUUAUUAGUGCAGUUGAGAUGGUCCUCCAUAGCUGUCCUCCAGGAAUGGUUUUAACAGAUGAUGUUUUGACAAACCAAGACAAAAUCCUCCUCAUUGUUGAUGGUUUUGAUGAACUGAAGCACUCUGAUACCCCAGUUGAUACGCUGGACAAAGAUCCCUAUAAAAAGCAGGAUGUGGUAAGCCUGAUGGUGAAUUUGCUCAAGAAAAAAAUCUUUCCAAAGUGUCAUCUCCUGGUGACCACAAGACCCACGAGUAUAUGCCCACUGUUGAAGUGUCUGAGAUCACCACUGUUUGUAGACGUGCUGGGGUUUCAUCCUGUUCAGAGGAAGGAAUAUUUCCACCGCUUCUUUCAAAAUAAGGAAGAAGCCACUCAGAUGUUUGAACUUGUUCAAAGAAAUGAAACUCUCUUCAGUAUGUGCUUCCUCCCUGCUACAUGUUGGGCCAUUUGCUCUGUUUUCCAACAAAACCCACAAGCAGAACUUUUUCAAGAUAUCCCCGAAACUGCAACACUCACAGAAAUUCACAUGCGUCUCCUCUUGAACUUCUUGGGUACCUAUUCCAGACCAAAUAACCUGGAAGAACUGUGCUCUUUAGCUAAAGAUGGGAUGCUGCACAGAACAAUGGCCUUCAGCGAAGAAGACCUAAAAGAACGUGGCUUGGAUUAUUUGACUUCAGAUUCUCCUUCAGCAAUUAGGGAAGUUUUCCAUCAAGAUGUCCACGUGGCAGCCUUGUACAGGUUCACCCACUUGAGUUUCCAGGAGUUCUUUGCAGCCUUAUUCUACCUGCUGGACAAUGAUGAGACCACCAUAACACCUUACAGAGACCUGAGUGAGGUAUUUGGAAACAAGAAAGAGCGCAGCAGCAACUACCUCAUGUUGAUCCGUUUUCUCUAUGGCUUCUCCAACAUAAAGAGGAUGAGUGUCCUACAAGAAUCGUGGUUCUGCAAGAUAUCCAGGACAAAGCUUUGGCAAGAAUUGCUAAGAUGGGUGGAUCAGGAAGCCAAAACUCACUCCUUUAGAAGAGAGGAGGAUCUGCUGGAACUGUGCCAUUGCAUUUAUGAAAUGGAGGACCCUGUGUCUGCCCGGAGCAUAAUGAAGUAUGUCCACAAUAUGGAUCUCAAGACAGAACUUUUGACUGAGCUGGACUUUGCAGCUUUAUCGUUUUGCCUGUCGGCUGCUGGAGCUUUUAACUCAGUCCGACUCUCGGGCUAUGAGUUUGGACCUGGAAGAUUUCGACAACUCUUACCAGGACUCCUGAAAUCUUCAGAGAUCCAGCUGAACCGCUGUGGCCUCCCUCCCGCUGCGUGCCAAGACUUCACAUCCAUCGCGAUGACCAACGCAAGGCUGACCAGUCUGGACUUGGGUGAAAAUCCCCUGGAGGAUUCGGGGGUCUCCCACUUGUGUGAAUGGCUUCUUGAGCCCACCUGCCAACUUCAAAGCCUCAGGCUGCCUUCCUGCAACCUCACAGCUGCCAUCUGUGAGCCCCUUGCGAGGGUCCUGGAAUCCAGCCAUGCCCUCCUUGAGCUCAACCUGGCAGAGACCCCUCUGGGGGAUGGCGGAGUAAGGCAGCUGUGCCAGGCACUGAAGCACCCAUCUUCCCGGCUACAGAGACUCAUCUUGCACUCCUGUGGUCUCACAGCUGGUUCCUGUGAAGAUCUGGCCUCUGUCUUGGAAACCAGCAAGUCCCUGUUGGAGUUGAACCUGGGCGACAACAGCCUGGGAGAUGAAGGGGUCAGGCAGCUGUGCAAGGGGUUGUGGAAAAGGCACUGUAGACUUCAAAAGUUAACGCUUACCACGGAAUUGUUAAAUCGAAACACAAAGGGAAAAUUGCAGGCAGUUUGUUCUAGGCAUCCUGGCUUGAUUCUGACUCCCUACUACCCUCCAGACUUUCCCCGCUUCCCAGGCACUGAAGAGUAAAGGUCAAGUUCGGACGUGCUUUCCUUGUGCCCCUCACACAUUGGAAGCGUGGCGAACUGGGCGACAGGGAUGGACACCUCCAAAGGCCAGCUCAGCACAGCCUUUGCACUACCUGCCGCGUUGCGCUCGUGCACCUGGUUCACACGCCCGGCUAUGAGGCUUCUGCUGGCCCCCUGGGGCUGGGCCACGUGGUAGACCUUCUCAACCUGCAGCCCUCAGAGAGGUUGACCUCCAUCCUUCAUAAUCCCCAACUAGCUUGACCAACCCUGUGCUGGGCCCUGUUAUACUUUCAUACUUCAUAUUUAUUCCCAUCUGCCAUAAGGAGUGGCUGCUGUCUGAACCAUGGACUAAACAUAAAGAGAAGCGUAUUUUCAAAUUACCUAUGUUUUGAUUUCCAAGGGGUGUGGGGUUUUUUUCUGAACCAUAAGAAUUUAUUUAAGUUUCUGAUUCUGUAAAAUGGAUGGAGUACCCGUGACCCAUAACGCCCCCCCCCCACCUUUUGUGGCCCAAAAAGCUUUAACACAAUGUUUCAGAUGAUGAUGAUGAUGAUGAUGAUGAUGAUAUAAAAAUGGCAAUUCCAAUCUAAACAUCUGGCUGACUCUGCGACCAACAACAACAAUAAUACAAAAAGAAUUAUUAUUAUGACACAAGGUAUAAUGCCUCAAGACUUAGAAUUUAGACAUCAUUAGGCCUUUUGUACAUAAUUAGAUGCUACCUCUAAAUUGCCUUGGGUAGCCCUCAUUUGUGAACUUUGACUCUUUAAAUCCCAGCCAAUAAAUCAGACGUCUGUUUAA